GUGCAUGGAGGGGCCCGGCCGGAUCGCAGCCGCCGCCAGCGCGCUGGGGGAUGACCUGGGGGUGGCUUUCGGAGCCGGCUGCCGCGCAGGAGGUCUGGGGGCUUAGUCUGCGCCGCGGAGAGUGAGCUGAGGCCUGGGUUUUGCUCCAGAAGUCUGCCCUGCCUACUUCUGUAGUCUGGCGCUAUGCAUCCAGAUCUUGGACCCUUAUGGACACUGCUGUAUGUUCCUCUCAUGCUUCUGAGCUCUUCUGCAAGUUCAGACUUGGCACCUUCCUUCAUUUCUGAGCCUGUCUCUGCUGUCCAGAAACUUGGUGGACCUGUGGUGCUUCGUUGUUCUGCUAAACCUCUGACCACUCACAUCUCAUGGCUGCAUAACGGAAGAAGAUUGGAUAGGAACAUGGAACAGAUUAAGGUGCACGAGGGGACUUUGACUAUUCUUUCUCUGAACCCCUCCCUUUCGGGUUCCUACCAGUGCAUUGCCAACAAUAGCAUCGGUGCCAUUGUGAGUGGCCCUGCGACAGUCUCUACUGCAGUUCUUGGUGAUUUUGGUUCAUCAGUGAAGCCUGUUAUUACAGCCGAAGAAAAAAGCACUGGUUUUAUUGGCUGCGAGGUACCGGAGAGUAUCCCCAAAGCCGAAGUGCGCUACAAAAUCCGGGGCAAGUGGCUGAGACAUUCCACAGAGAAUUACUUCAUCCUUCCCUCAGGAAAUCUCCAGAUUCUGAACGUAUCCAGAGAGGACAAAGGAUCAUAUAAAUGUGCAGUUUACAACCCUGUCACCCAGGAAUUAAAGGUCGAACCCGCUGGCCAAAAGCUCCUUGUGAGUCGCUCUUCCCCGGAGGAUUUGCACAUUCUUCAUCCGGCCGUCUCGCAGGCAAUGACCGUUCCCUCCCGCAGCGCUGUAACCCUGGAGUGUGUGGUGAGCGGGGUCCCGGCCUCGCGAGUGCGCUGGCUGAAGGACGGGCAGGAGGUCUUGCUAGGCAGGAGCUGGAGGAGGUGGCACUCUCACCUUGUCACGGACAGCAUUGGCCUGGCCGAUGCGGGCAACUACACCUGCGUGGUGGGGCGCUCCUCGGGGGACGUGAAGCAUGUGACCUACAGGGUUACUGUACUGGAACAUGCCUCAAUUUCUACAGGACUGCAAGACCUGACGGUGUCUCUAGGUGCCACAGCUCAUUUUACCUGCAAUGUGCACGGGAAUCCAACCCCCAAACGCACCUGGUUUCAUAAUGCACAGCCCAUUCACCCUUCUCCACGACACCUAACUGUAGGGAAUCAGUUAACAAUCAGUGGGGUUAGGUUGGAAGAUACCGGACUCUAUCAGUGUGUGGCGGAUAAUGGGAUUGGAUUUAUGCAAUCAACUGGAAGACUUGAAAUUAAAAACGUUCCUUUUGAAACAGAUACAAAAGCAGACACAGUCACACCUUCUGAUGCUACUCAGAAUGAUGAAAGAGAUGGCUCAGAAAGUGGAUCACUGGGCUCACUUCCAGAGAAAGAGCAUCCCGGUGCGGUAGAGUCAUCUGAGAAAAAUGCGAGUGGUGCCUCUGUGCCUGAUGCCCCCAUUAUACUGAGCCCUCCGCAGACUCAUACCCCAGAUACAUACAACCUGGUGUGGAGAGCAGGGAAGGAUGGCGGCCUGCCCAUCAACGCCUAUUUUGUGAAGUAUCGAAAGCUGGACGAUGGUGCUGGUGUGGUGGGCAGCUGGCACACAGUUCGAGUCCCAGGAAGUGAAAAUGAGCUCCAUUUAACUGAACUGGAGCCGUCUAGUCUUUACGAAGUUCUGAUGGUAGCAAGAAGUGCAGCCGGUGAAGGGCAGCCUGCUAUGCUUACCUUCCGAACCAGCAAAGAGAAAACAGCGUCAUCCAAAAACACCCAAGCAUCCUCCCCUCCCGUGGGCAUCCCUAAGGCUCCUGUUGACGCAGAAGCUGCGCACAGCAGUUUCGGAGUGGUUCUGACAGAUUCCUCCAGGCAUAGUGGAGUUCCGGAAGCACCUGACCGGCCCACCAUCUCCACUGCGUCAGAGACCUCCGUCUAUGUCACCUGGAUUCCGCGGGCAAAUGGGGGUUCACCGAUCACUGCCUUCAAGGUGGAGUACAAGCGGAUGAGGACCAGUGACUGGCUGGUGGCCGCUGAAGAUAUCCCGCCCUCCAAACUCUCUGUGGAAGUUCGUAGCUUAGAGCCAGGUUCAACAUACAAAUUUAGGGUCAUUGCCAUCAACCAUUAUGGGGAGAGUUUCCGGAGUUCGGCAUCUCGUCCUUAUCAGGUGGCUGGGUUCCCCAAUCGGUUUUCCAACCGUCCAAUAACUGGACCUCACAUCGCAUACACAGAGGCGGUCAGUGACACUCAGAUCAUGCUGAAGUGGACGUACAUUCCAUCAAGUAACAAUAACACUCCCAUCCAAGGAUUUUACAUUUAUUACCGACCAACAGAUAGUGACAAUGAUAGUGAUUACAAGAGGGACGUGGUCGAAGGUUCCAAGCAAUGGCACAUGAUUGGUCACCUGCAGCCAGAAACUUCCUAUGACAUUAAAAUGCAGUGUUUCAAUGAAGGAGGAGAAAGUGAAUUUAGCAAUGUGAUGAUCUGCGAGACUAAAGUGAAACGGGUUCCUGGAGCAUCUGAGUAUCCCAUCAAAGACUUGAGUACCCCUCCCAGCUCUUCAGGCGGUGGAGGAAACCUCGGGCCUGCAGCCAGCCCUGCCAGGAGCAGUGACAUGUUGUAUCUGGUCGUCGGUUGUGUGCUGGGCGUCAUGGUUCUCAUUCUCAUGGUGUUCAUUGCAAUGUGCCUAUGGAAGAAUCAUCAGCAGAAUACCAUACAGAAAUAUGACCCUCCAAGAUACCUCUGCCAGGGGUCAGAUAUUCACGGGCAGAUGUUGGACUACGCCACUCUCUCGGGAGCAAACCCUAUCAAUGGCAGCGUUCGCCGAGGUUUCCUGAGCAAUGGCGGUCUCACCAAUGGCUGCUCCCAUCUUCACCAUAAGGCCCCUAAUGGCGUCAGUGGGAUGGUGAAUGGGAACCUCAACGGAGGACUUUAUUCCGGCCAUACAAACUCUCUAACCAGGACACGUGUGGAUUUUGAACAUUCUCAUCUAGUGAAUGGUGGUGGAUUGUAUACAGCUGUGCCUCAGAUUGAUCCCAUGGAAUGCAUUAAUUGUCGAAAUUGUCGAAACAACAAUAGAAAAGGAGCUGAGUCAGCACAAUGGCAGACACAGGGACGAGAGACGGCAGAGGAGAGCUGCACAGUAAAACAAGCCACCACCAAGACGUAACAAUUUCAGGAGUCUCAAGAGCAUGUGCAUGAAAAUAAUAUCACACACCCGAGAGAUGCAUGGGGAGUAAGUAUUUUGCCUUCCAGGGAUAAUCAAAAGAGGAAGCAUAAUACAGAACUCAUCUAAUUAUCUAAUCAGAGUCAUUCUGUAUGUAAUCAUACUUAACAAAUACUCAACUGUAUAAUUAGAAAUGGAUACAUCUCUUGAAGUAUUUCAGGGGUGAAAUAUCCAAAAUAUGUUUAGCUAAACUGCUAAUGUCUGCCAAGCAUAACCCCACACAGCUCUUCUCAUUGAUAUUUCUUGGUCUGUGAUGUACAAAUUACAGGGUGAAGAAAAAUAUUUGUGUGUGGGGGUGACAUAUUAUAAUAGAGUCAUUUUCUGUCUUGUGAGUUGGCCCUACAGGCCCUUCCCAUUUACUAAAAGGUAUCUUAGUUAACUGCCAGGUCCCAGUCUACCUGGGUUCUUACAGAACAGCACAGAUUUUUAUAUGUGGUAAGAUGCACAGAGUUCCAUUUACUCAGUGUUUUUAAACUUAAAAAAAUAGUUUAGCUGAGUUAGAGGUGGCUCAGUGAAAACAUUCACUCUACCUUCUGCCAACAGUAAUUACAUUAGAAAGAUCACUUGAGCAGAUAGUGGAAUUAUAGACUGUUUUUAUUCUAUAAACUAUGAAAUGUGCUUUGUGAGAGCAUCUUACUGUGUGUUGUAUAUUUGCAAGCAUUUAUCCUGUUUAUUUAUAUGCAUGGACUCUUGGAGAUCUGGGUCUCACUUACAGAUUUUUUGUGAUCAUCUGAUUGUUUUAGAAAUUGUCAUUAAAGCAUUGUCAGUAAAAGGAUUGUCGUUACAUGCUAGACCUAAUUAUCUUCAGAAUCUCAGAUUCUUUUUUUAUUUAAAGACUAUGUCCUCUGUGCUUCUGUCUCAACACAGAACACCCAAGUUAAAGCCAUUUUUGUGUUGAUGAUGUAGAUAUCUGGAAUUGAACUGAAAAUAAUGUAACCAAAGUAUUUACAUUUGGUUAGCUAAGUGGCUAAUAACCGGUGAUUAUGACUUAGACUCAACUACUAGUAAAUUUUACAUCAGUGUGGUUUGUCACUCUGCCAUUUGGGUUAUCAUCCCUUUGCAAAAUUCACUCAAAUUAUGAUCUCAGCAUCACCACCACGCUGGUCACUGAGAGUCACAGUUCAGGGUAGAAGUAAACACUGCUGUCUCACUCACCUGAAAAACACAAGAGCUGGUAGUAGGAAAUUUUCCUCCUGAGUCUUGCUGAGUAGCUAUAUAACAUCUUUAAAAACAGAGGUGUGUUAGGUGUGUGUGCUUGCUCCUGGUAUGCAACACCUGUGUCAGCACCGAUCCUCGUGCCUGGUGCCAUGGCCCGAGCUCUUCUGCCUCACCCACUCCCGCAGUCCUGCCUCGUCCAUGGAACUUUACU